AUGGCUUCCUGCAAGCUCUCCUCCGUGUUGCUUGCUGUCCUGGCGCUCAUCGCUGGCGGCGCGGUGCCGGUGCCAGUAGUGGACGCUGAGCACCUGCACUUCUACAUGCACGACGUGACGGGUGGCCCCUCCCCGACGGCGGUGCGGGUGGUGAACGCCCCGCGUGGCUACUUUGGCAACAUGUUCGUCAUCGACGACGUGCUGACAGAGGGCACCUCGUCGUCGUCAACAAGGGUGGGGCGUGCGCAGGGAUACUACAUGUGUGCAUCGGUGGCCAACCUGGAGCUGCUGGUCACCAUGAACGUGGUGCUCUCGGUGGGCCCGUAUGCCGGUAGCUCUAUCACGGUGGUGGGCCGCGACGACAUCAACACGCCGGUGCGGGAGCUCUCGGUGGUCGGAGGCACCGGGCAGUUCAGGAUGGCGCGUGGCUACGUGCUGUGGAAGACGGUCACACCCGAGAUUAUCGACCUCGAAAUUUUCGUCAACCCAUGA